GGAAAAGAUGUUACAGCGAUCAACCUGCACUUCAAUUCACUGUUAAAAUGAUGAUGAGAGGGGGUAGGGCAGAAACCUUGCACAAAGGUAACUAUUAGGUCGACAAGUCUACAGAUCCACCAUCAGCUCGAUUUUCCAUCCACCUCCACAACCAAAACUUCUGUCAAGCUACACUACCCCAAUUGCAGAACAGUAGCCAGCAUGGCUACUCUUCCUCGAGAUGUCCUCCACUUCCCCGCAGAGAGCCGCUCAUUCCUCGAGCCUCACCUCCCUCCAAAAGAUCGGGGCAAUCCAUCUCCCUUCCCCUUCACUACCGUCACCUUCGCAACCUCACUCGAUUCCCAACUCGCCCUGUCCCCUGGUGCUCCCACGGCUCUCUCCGGUCCGCAAUCAAAGGCGAUGACACAUUACCUACGAUCUCGACACGAUGCAAUCUUGAUUGGAGUCGGAACAGCCGUUGCAGACAAUCCAAGUUUGAACUGCCGCAUCGAGGGAGUUGGGGGAUACGGCGGGGAGGGAUUGGAUGGUCAACCACGGCCGAUUAUCGUUGACCCGAUGGCACGAUGGCAUUUUACUGAGAAUAAUAAGAUCUUUCAGCUAUGUCGCGAGGGCAAGGGAAGGGCGCCUUACAUUAUUACGGGAGUCACGAAUCCUCCUGUUAAUAAGGAAGCUAUUCUGAAUGCUGCUGGAGGGAAAUUUAUUACGGUCAAUGUCAACACUACGGAUACCGGUAGUCACAGACUGGACUGGAAGAAUGUACUUGAGGCUUUGGGCAAGGAGGGGUUGAAGAGCGUUAUGAUUGAGGGCGGUGGAGCCGUCAUCAAUUCGUUGUUGGUUCCUGAGUAUUUCUCAGUCAUCAGCUCGGUCAUUGUGACUAUUGCUCCUACUUGGCUUGGGGAGGGAGGAGUGGUGGUAUCUCCACCCAGACGACAUGACGACCAGGGAAGAGCGAUUCCUGCUGCUCGUCUGGAAAAUGCUCGGUGGUAUCCUUUUGGCGAGGACGUGGUUCUCUGUGGAUUGUUCAGGUCAUGAGUGCUGGAAAUGGAAAGUAUCCUCUUGGGACAGGGGUGGAGGGAGUCGUUUGAGUAUGACGAAAAGGACUUCACCAACUGAACUGCUUGCUCGAGAGCAUUGAAUACAACCGAGACACAAUAGACAUAAUACUCGACAUGUUACUAUUCGCAGCCUCACUGGCAUGGUUUGCCGGAAUUGGGAUGACUUCACACGACCGGAGCCUAUGGGCAUCAAAGUAAAUCAAAGCUUAGAUCCUUGAAGGCCUUGACAACCAAAGUCCUUCAGCUAUUGCAGCAGCCACAAAGCAGAC